AUUAAUCCUCCACCCCCACCUAUCUCUAUCUAUAUAUCAACAAAACACAACUCAACUCAACUCAACACAACACAUCUCUCUCUCUCUCUCUAGAUCCCCCCACACAUACUUGUUCAUCAAUUACCAAUCAAAUUUGUGGUAAAACGAAGAUGGAGCAACGUGGUAAAGUGAGAGGCGAUUACAGCGAGGAGGAAAUGGAGCUUCGAAGAGGGCCAUGGACUGUUGAAGAAGACUUCACCCUCAUCAACUACAUAGCGCAUCACGGCGAAGGCCGCUGGAAUUCUCUCGCUCGCUGCGCAGGGCUGAAGAGAACCGGAAAGAGCUGCAGAUUGAGAUGGUUGAACUAUCUGCGGCCCGACGUCCGACGUGGCAACAUCACUCUGGAGGAGCAGCUCUUGAUUCUGGAACUCCAUUCUCGUUGGGGCAAUAGAUGGUCGAAAAUCGCGCAGCAUCUGCCGGGGAGAACCGACAACGAGAUCAAGAACUACUGGCGAACUCGUGUCCAAAAGCAUGCUAAGCAGCUCAAAUGUGACGUCAACAGCAAGCAGUUCAAGGACACCAUGCGCUACCUUUGGAUGCCCAGGCUGGUCGAGCGAAUCCAAGCCGCCGCCUCCUCCUCCGCCCCCGCCGCCCCGCCGCCGCCGCCGCCCUACCACCUCAACACGCCCAAUAGCAGCAGCAGCAGUUUCGGGCAGCCUACUAAUAAUAUGGUCGCCUCUCAGACCACGCCCGAUAACUCCAGCGCCUCCGAGUCGACGGAGAAUUACGCCGUAAUUCACAACCAAGAGUAUUCCUAUCCGCCCAAUCACAACAGCUGCUACGCCGAUCAACAAACUCUGACCAACCAAACCGACUUUUUCAACCAAGGAUUGGAUUUUAACACCCAGUGGAUCAUGGAUGAUACUGCUGCUGCCCACAAUUUGUGGGAUGUUGAUGACAUCUGGCUCUUACAACAACAAUUCAAUAACAAUGUUUAAAACAUGUAACAUUGAAUAAUCAAAGCCCCCUUAAGAAAAAAACAAAAAACUAGUUUUUCUUUCUUCUUCUUUUUGUUUAAUUACCAUAGAAAUUGGUGGAGAGGGACAGGGUCAUAGUUAGCUAGCUUGUGCCAUUUUAGAGUUUGUAUUAUUUCUUUCUUUCUUUUUUAUAUUCCUCGAGGGCCAAAAGAAAUUAAUUCAGAAAUUUGUAUCAUUCUUUGGAACAGACUAUAUAUAUAAUUUCUUGGUCUUUUCUUUA